UUUUUCAUGUUUGAUUCUCUCCAUUCACUUCUCCCACCAUAUCCCCUCUCCAUGAAAAAGCUUAUUACUCCUCCAACUUCCACCAGCUUCUUUAUCUUCUCAUCUCUAUUCCACAACUUUUUUUCCUCAACCAAGAGCAUCAAACAUUAUUGACCACUAGAAUAUGCAUAUAGGGCCAUAAGCGUUUUUUAUAUCUUCGAAUCCAAGAGUUUGUAGAUCAAACUCUUCCUGGGUCUCCUUGGAUAAUAAACCCUACUUCUUGAUCAUCUUAAUUGGUUUCAACUUUUUCUCAAAAGUUUUAUCGAGUUCUAUUCAUCUCUUCAAACUAGUUUUAUCAAGAUAUAUAUAAUAACUAGAUAGUAAUUACUAAUAAAUACCAUUAAUGGCCGAAGUAGAAGUUCCACCAUAUUUCCUCUGUCCAAUAUCACUACAAAUCAUGAGAGACCCAGUAACGCUUUCGACGGGGAUCACCUACGAUCGCGAGAGCAUCGAGCGGUGGAUAUUCAGCGAGAAGCACGACGUGUGUCCGGUCACCAAGCAACCGUUGUGCCCGGUCGACCUCGAGCUCACACCGAACCACACUCUCCGCAGGCUUACCCAAUCAUGGUGCGCCGCCAACGCCUCGUCAGGCAUCGAGCGGUUCCCCACCCCCCGCCAACCGGUCAACCGAGCCCAGGUUGUGCGGCUUCUCGAGGAAGCCAAGCUCCCUCACUCCCAAAUAAGUACUUUUCGCAAGCUUAAAUCUAUAGUUGCAGAGAGUGAUCGCAACAAAAGGUGUGUUGAAGCUGCUGGUGCAGUAGAUUUCUUAGUAUCCGUGAUUAUGAAUGCUACCAACUACUUAAUAAGAGAACAACAAGAAGGAGGAGGAGGAGAAGAGUUAUGGGAAAGGUUGGAGCCCUCCACAAGAGCUUGUGACGAAGCACUUUUGAUUCUACACUCUCUCCAAAUCUCCGAACAAAGCCGUGCCACGGUUAUCCAAAAGAAUGCGGGAUUCAUCGACACGUUAGCGGCUAUCAUGUCGCGAUCAAACUAUCGAUCGCGAGCUCACGCCGUACAAAUUCUCAAGUCCUUACUCUCUGUAAUGACUCCGACCCAAAAGAUCAACACGAGCAAGCAACUGAUCGAAGAGGUCGUCGACGUUGUAGAGGACCGCGUCUCGUACCCCGCCGUGAAGGCCGCGCUUCAAAUCCUUGCGAUGAUUUGUACGUCGGAUCGAAGGAAUAAGGUUACGGCCGUCGAAGCCGGAGCUGUGCCGGCCAUGAUCGAGUUACUUUUGGAUGAAACGGAGAAGAGGGUUUGCGAGAUGGCGCUGAUGGCAUUGGAUCAGCUGUGCGGCUGCGCGGAGGGGAGGGCGGCGCUGGCGGACCACGCGGCAGGGAUGGCGGUGGUGUCGAAGAAGAUACUUAGGGUUUCGGAGGUGGCGAGCGAGAUGGCGGUGAGGGUGUUGCAUUCGUUGGCCAAGUAUUCGGCGACGAAGGCCGUGGCGGAUGAGAUGUUGCAGGUGGGAGUGGUUUCUAAGAUGUUUCUGGUGCUAAGCCAGGUGAGCUGUGGGUUGAAGACCAAGGAGAAGGCGAGGGAGAUUGUUAAGUUGCAUGCUAGGGUUUGGAGGGAAUCCCCUUGCUUAGGGCACUUCAAGCAUUACUAUUCUAGCUCAUGAGUAAAGGUAUAAUAAUUAAGUAGUGCAUGCAUGACAAAUUUUAAACAAAAUAGUAGAUAUGGACUAUCGAUAGCAUUUAUGUGAAUUUCGUAUAAAAUAUGAGUGUUGUCUCCAUUGUCAUACAAGACGCGUGCAUCUUACUAAUUUUCUGUUUGGACAGCUGAUUUUAAUUGUUUUUUUUUUCUUUUCUUUUUUUGAGAUUUUAGCUAACAUCUAUGCACUGAUGUUGCUUGAUAACUUGGCAUGUAAAUAUGACAAAAAUGAUUCAAUUUGUUGAUUGAUUUGUUUCCAAAGA